GUUUAUGGGAGUUUUUAGCGGGAUAUUUCAAACAAGUUUCGCCGCGCCUGACGUCUAUCUGGGAUCUGUUCAUCCGAAACAAAUAAGAUAGCAUUCAGCUGCCUCAGUUUUUGUCUAAAUCUGAAAGUAAUGUCGAGUGAAAAUUGUAAUCUGCUUUCCCCUCGGGUUCACUCAAUGAAUUUGAGAAUUUCACAGGAUCAUUUGCAUGAAGAUUAUUCAGAGGUCGAAGCCGAGAAAGACCAUCUUCUUUCAACGGACAAGAGACAAACCUUCGCUGCCGAGCCGAUGGAAGUGGUGAACAUGGGUUUGCAGCAUUUGAGGACAGCCAGGGGGACAGCGACUCGUCGGCUCAGAACUGUGAAGAAAGCAUGGGGCACGUUCAAAUCGAAAGCGAAGAAACACACUGCAGUGCCACAACCUAAACUGAAACCCCAACAGCUCUGGAGUUUGUCUCUCACCAGUCCUCAAUCUCCAAGUGCCCGUGCCCUCAUGUUAAACUCGCCCCUCACCCCAGACCCCUAUGCCACACCUGGCAACAGCCGUCGGUACCGUCAACCAUCCAGCUUAACUACACCAGAAACCCCUCUUACCCCCCUGAGAAGAUCAGCCCGUAUUGCCAGCCAGACUCCGACUCCUUGUAGAGACGGCAAGACAAGGACAAGAACUGGUGGCAGAAGAACAACACCAAAAAGAAUCCAGCUCACUGCCAGCCCUGGACAGAUCCUUCGUGAACUCAAUGCCAUGUGCUUACAGACAGGUCAAAGGUCAACGUCAUCAGUAUCAUCUGGAGUCAGUGCGCCAAAAGCCAUGAGUGAAGGUCAAAGGUUAACAUCAGGAGUCAACGCUCUUAAAGCCAUGAGUGAAGGUUUAUCGCAGACCAUUACAAAACAAGACAGUUCUGGUACAUUAACAGAGAUUCCUGUUAAGAAGCCAGCAACUAAAGAUAAAUCAACCUGUGCUAUGGAUUCCAAAGAGAAUGAGCCAGACCCUAGCCGUGUCACCAGACUACGACGCAACAGAGGGGUAAUGGUGUCCCAGAAUACAACAGAUGGACAGAUGCUCACAGAAAACUUUGCUUAGGGUUAGGGGUCACAUGAAUUAACAUUAAAAACAAAUGGCUUUAUAAGAUAACAAUCAGUGGAAUCGGCUCUAAUUAACAUUCCUUAAGUAUUUCCCCCUUAGAUUUCUGUGCACACCAUGUAGUGAAUUAAUAAUUCUCUGGGGAAAAA